AUGGUGCAAGAGAACUAUGGCAUAAUCGUAGACUCAGGAUCCUCAGGGUCACGAUUGCAAGUUUACAAAUGGCAAGAUCCUAACGAGUUAAGAGUAAAUACUGAUGAUGAGUCCAUUUUAAAGUCGGUUCCUAGGAUGGAACAGGAAGAGUCUUGGCCAAUGAAAGUUUCCCCAGGAAUGUCAUCUUUUGCAGAUGAUAUGGAUGAUUUAUGGGACGACCAUUUCAAGCCGCUAAUUAAACAUGCACAAAGCAUAAUACCCGAGUCAAAACACGAAGAAACUCCCAUAUUUGUGUAUGCAACGGCGGGAAUGAGAUUAGUAUCCGAAAAGGAAAGAAAUAAGAUGUUUAAAACUGUUUGCAAGUCCAUUAGAAAACAUUCCAAGUUUAUAUUAAACAACUGUGAUGAUCAUGUGAAACUCAUUGACGGAGAAACUGAAGGAAUUUACGGAUGGCUGGGUCUUAAUUAUUUACUUCGACAGUUUGACAACUACUACCCUGAUAGGCACUCUCACUCGUCAUUUGGAUUCAUGGACAUGGGGGGAGCCUCUACUCAAAUCGCAUUUUUUCCAUCUAAUGAAACUGAAGUAGAGAGGCAUAGUGAUGAUAUGUUUAGUGUAACCUUGAAAAACGUUAAUGGUGAUGUUCAAGAAUGGCCAGUAUUUGUAUCAUCCUGGCUUGGAUUUGGAGCUAAUCAAGCGAGAAAAAGAUAUUUGAAAUCAUUGGCAAAGACUCUAGUGGAUGAUGUUGACUAUGAUCCUGAUGGCGAUGGAAUAAUCCAACUGAAUGAUGUUUGUUCGCCAAGAGGUUUAAAGCUGCAGGAAAAGUAUGAUGGGAAGGUGUACCAAAUUCAAGGAACUGGCGACUAUGCAUCAUGCAUGAAGAGUAUAUACCCAUUAUUGCUCAAACAUCUGCCUUGCCAAGGAUAUCCAUGCCUUUUCAAUGGAGUUCAUGCCCCUAUGAUUGAUUUUCAGCGAGACAAAUUUGUUGGAAUCUCUGAAUACUGGUAUACUGCCAAUGACGUCUUCCAGAUGGGUGGAGAAUACAAUUUUAUGCUUUUCAAUGAAAAAGUAAUAAAUUUUUGUUCCUCUUCCUGGGAGGAGAUAGAGAGAAAUUAUAAAGAGAACUUGUAUGGAGAGAAUAUUAAUUUAGAAUUGCUUCAAGAUUCAUGCUUUAAAGCUAGUUGGGUUAUCAACGUUCUACAUGAAGGAUUCGGAUUACCUCGUAUAGAUUUAGAUGAAAAUGUUUCUGAAGAUACUUUGGAGUCCAACGAUCAAGAAUUCAAGCAUAUACCUUUUCAAAGUGCUAAUUUGAUUGAAGGAGCCGAGUUAUCAUGGACCCUGGGGGCCAUGUUACUCUUUGCAGCUAGCCAGAUAAACACUGGAUACUCUGAAGCUAAGCAGGUGGGUAUCAAACCAAGUAAGACAGCCGCUAAUGUUGCAGGUAAAACAUUCAUUUCACCAGUUCCAAACUCUUUAUUUUAUCAAGAAGAUGAGUUUUCCGGACUUGGAUUGCACACCCUUCUAUUAUUCCUCACGCUUUUUGUCGUUUUAUUUUUCCUCGUUUACUUCAAUAAAGUUUCCCUUAUGAGAUUUAAGCACAAUGGAUUUGUGGACAGCAUCUCAUCAAUAUUUUUUCGAACAUAUCAUUUUCUACAGAACAAAUCCGCUCAAUUGUAUCAUUCCAAGAUAAGAAAAGAAAAGAACUAUUUUACAGAGCAAGAGAUAGAUAUUCAAAAAGCUCACCUUGAAGAAGGUUUACUGAGUUAUUCGAACGCAAGGAUAUCUUCUCCAAAUCAUUUAAGGACGAGACCAUCAUUGUACAAUCUCCAAGAUAUCAGUGACAUCAAUGACAAUGGAAAGCAAGUCCAAAACUCCUCAAGCUCCCCCAAUCUGUACAAGAACCUUGUCUCGUCUAGGUCAAAUAUCUCACUACCGAACCUAAACACGUACAAUAACACAAUUAGAAAGAGUAGCUCCAACCUUACAGAUUUCAAGAAAUAUCAUCAGUUGGCAGGGUCAUUUACAGACUUGAGUGACAAGGAAGUCUAA